AUGCACCGCACGUACUCGAUGCGCCAGUCGCGCGCCCCCACGGCGUCGCAGCUGCAGAACCCGCCGCCGCCGCCCUCGUCGACCAAGGCCGGUCGCUUCUUCGGCAAGAGCAACAUUGGCCACUCGUUCCGCAGGCAGACGGCCGGCACCUGGGGCCCCGACCUGGCGAAGAAGCUGUCGCAGCUGGUGAAGAUGGAGAAGAACGUCAUGCGCAGCAUGGAGCUUGUCGGAAGGGAGCGCAUGGAGGUGGCGCAACAACUGUCCAUCUGGGGCGAGGCCUGCGACGACGAUGUCUCGGACGUUACGGAUAAACUGGGCGUGCUUAUCUACGAGAUUGGCGAACUAGAGGACCAGUUUGUCGACCGCUACGAUCAAUACCGCGUUACGAUGAAGAGCAUUCGCAACAUCGAGGCGUCGGUUCAGCCGAGUCGCGACAGGAAGCAGAAGAUCACGGAUCAGAUUGCGCAGCUCAAAUACAAGGAGCCCAACUCACCCAAGAUCGUCGUCCUGGAGCAGGAGCUCGUUCGUGCCGAGGCUGAGUCUCUGGUCGCCGAGGCUCAGCUGUCCAACAUCACGCGCGAGAAGUUGAAGUCGGCCUUCACGUAUCAGUUUGAUGCUCUGCGUGAACAUUGCGAGAAGCUCGCUAUCAUUGCGGGCUACGGCAAGCAUCUGUUGGAGCUGGUUGACGACACUCCCGUCACUCCCGGCGAGACCAGGCCCGCGUAUGAUGGUUACGAAGCUAGCAAGGCUAUCAUCCAGGACUGCGAAGACGCGCUGACCAACUGGGUCGAGCAAAACGCAUCGGUCAAGUCGAGCCUGUCGACCCGCGCACGAACAUUAUCUCAGCGCCGCCACCAGCGCCGUCAGAAUGGCGAGGGCGUCGAUCUCUCCCACCAGGACCACCCUAUGGAGGGGCGUGAAUCCGGUCUUUGGAUACCCGCAUCGGAGCACGCGGCACGCGAGUACGACGACGAAGACGAUGAGGAAGAGGACGCGCCCAGCACGAUCGCGGCAAGCGAACCACGUGGCCGCGAGGCUGCCGCUGCCUAA